AUGACAAUAAAUACUUCUUCCAGCUCCCAGGCUCACCAGGAGUCCGAGUUCCCAACCUGGCGCCCCCCUCACCCAGCAACCUCGAGCUCGAGCUCGCGAUCCUCCUCCGCAUCACCAACACCAUCAGCGACAACAACACGAAAAGCAAAACCCUCACCACCCCUCGACCUCUCUAACUACCCCAAUGGCGAGAAAUCCCUCUCCGGAAUCUCCCUCCGAGCCUUCCUUAUCGGCACUACACUAGGACUCUCGACCUGUGUUACGUUAUUCUUCGCCUUCCUCCAGCCAACGCCCCUAUGGCGCGUUCCCUUCUUCCUCGCUUCGCUGUCGCUCUUCCAUUUCCUUGAGUUCUACGUUACCGCUGCACAUAACACGCGCUAUGCGUCUGUCUCCGCAUUUCUUCUCUCCAGCAACGGCUGGGCAUACAAUAUCGCGCACGGGUCCGCGAUGCUAGAGUGUCUCGUCGGAUACUACUUCUUCCCCGAAAGCCGCUACUACACUCUCAACAUCGAAGACACCUCCGGUCUCAAGAUAACUCUGGUUCUGGGAUUGUUCUUAAUGGCGUUGGGCCAGGUCGUUCGCACGCUGGCGAUGGCCCAGGCGGGGAGUAACUUCAACCACACCGUGCAGGUCGAACAUCAAGAGGGACAUGUGCUGGUGCGGAACGGAGUGUAUGCGAUUUCGCGACACCCGAGCUACUUUGGGUUCUUUUGGUGGGGGUUGGGGACGCAGUUGGUGCUGGGGAAUGUGGUUUGUUUUGUGGGGUAUGCGCUUGUGUUGUGGAGGUUCUUUAGCAGUCGGAUUAAGAGAGAGGAGAAGUUCUUGGUCUGCUUCUUUGGAGACGACUAUGUUGAUUACAAGAAGACUACUUGGGUUGGGAUUCCGGGUAUUUAG